UGCGAGACUCUUCUCUUUCUCUCUCUAUAACUGCCUUAUUUUCUCGCUCCCUUUCUUCUCUCUUCCUCUCUCUCUCUCUCUCUCUCUCUCUCUCUGUUUUCCCGGAAUUGUGGACGCACAGAUCUUUCCCCCGACAAAUUUGGUGUACAAAUUUCUGUACCGAGAAACAAAAAAAUGCGGAGUUUCACUUUCUUCGAACGAGUUUCUAGAGCUUUCCGUGACCAUGAGUCGCAGUUGAAGCUUGUGCUGCUCUGCACCACCGUAAGUGGUGGUGGUCUUUUGGCUUACGGUGAGGCUGUCGGUGCAUCUGAAGCGGCGGUGACCGACAAGAAAAAGGUGGUGGUGCUGGGAACUGGCUGGGCAGGCACGAGUUUCUUGAAGAAUCUGAACAAUCCCAGGUAUGAGGUUCACGUGGUGUCGCCUCGCAAUUAUUUUGCGUUCACUCCUUUGCUGCCUAGUGUUACCUGCGGCACCGUCGAAGCGCGCAGCAUUGUUGAACCCGUCCGCAAUAUUUUUAGGAAGAAAAAGGUGGACGUUGAAUACAGUGAAGCAGGAUGUGUCAAGAUUGAUGCAGCAAACAGGAAAGUUUACUGUCGAUCUAAUAUAAGCAAUAAUUUGAACGUAAAAGAAGAAUUUGUCGUGGACUAUGACUACCUAAUCAUAGCCGUGGGAGCAAAUGUCAACACAUUUAAUACUCCCGGAGUGGUCGAGAAUUGCCAUUUCUUGAAGGAAGUUGAAGAUGCACAGAAGAUUAGAAGAACCGUUAUUGACUGCUUUGAGAGAGCAAGUUUGCCUAGUGUAAGUGAAGAAGAAAAGAAGAGAAUUCUUCAUUUCGCUAUUGUUGGAGGUGGUCCAACUGGAGUGGAGUUUGCUGCCGCACUUCAUGACUUUGUCAUUGAGGAUUUGGUCAGGUUAUAUCCUGGGAUAAAAGAUUUAGUUAAGAUUACGCUUCUGGAGGCAGGAGAUCAUAUUUUGAGCAUGUUUGACAAAAGAAUCACUACUUUUGCAGAAGACAAAUUCCGAAGAGAUGGAAUUGAUGUGAAAACAGGAUCGAUGGUUGUGAAGGUAUCUGAGAAAGAAAUAUCUACUAAAGAAUUGAAAAAUGGAGGAGAAAUUACUACAAUUCCAUAUGGAAUGGCUGUCUGGUCAACUGGUAUUGGCACUCGUCCAUUUAUAAAAGAUUUUAUGGCACAAAUUGGUCAGACUAACAGACGUGCUAUAGCUACUGAUGAAUGGUUGAGGGUUGAAGCAACCAACAAUGUGUAUGCGCUUGGUGAUUGUGCUACAAUAAACCAGCGAAAAGUCAUGGAAGAUAUUGCGGCAAUAUUUAAGAAGGCUGACAAAGACAAUUCAGGAACACUUACAGUCAAAGAAUUUCAAGAGGUAUUGGAUGACAUCUGUGAAAGAUACCCUCAGGUGGAGCUAUAUCUGAAGAAUAAUCAGAUGAACGACAUUGCUGAUUUGUUGAAGGAACCCAAGGGAGAUGUAAAAAAAGAAUCUAUUGAACUGAAUAUUGAAGAACUCAAAACAGCACUUUCUAAAGUGGAUUCUCAGAUGAAAUUUCUUCCUGCCACAGCUCAGGUUGCAUCUCAGCAAGGCACCUACCUGGCCAAGUGUUUUAACCGGAUGGAAGAGUGUGAAAAAAAUCCAGAGGGUCCUAUCAGGUUCAGGGGAGAAGGGCGUCAUCGCUUCAAACCCUUUAGGUAUCAGGAUCAUUUUAACUUACUAGCUCUAUGCUUUUAUCAUUCUCUUUACGUUGACAUGCAAGGUUUUUCAUUAGUUGGCCAAUGUUUUACUCAUUGCUACAUGAUUGAUUGUUCCUCAAGGUACAAGCAUUUAGGUCAGUUUGCUCCUCUGGGAGGAGAGCAGACAGCUGCACAGCUUCCUGGGGAUUGGAUUUCAAUUGGACGAAGCAGUCAAUGGAUGUGGUAUUCUGUCUAUGCAAGCAAGCAAGUCAGCGGGCGCACAAGGGCGUUAGUAGUAUCAGACUGGAUAAGACGCUUUAUUUUUGGGAGGGACUCGAGUCAAAUCUGAAAGAGUUUUAACAUUUUCCGGAGUCUUGCAGUUGCAAUAUCUCAUAGCUCGUCUACCUUGCAUUUUAUUUUAAUAUAGGAAAUUUUUGUUUCAAUUCCUAAUUCUUUGAAUAAGUACACAAGUAGACUCCCAGCGGGGAUGUCACAGGUGGCAUUUGUAAUCAUGCUUUACCACUUUUAACUUAAAAGUAUCAAUUUCUUACAUACCCUUUCCCUUUUUCUUUCAUGCUUUUGGUAUUGGAAUUGCGGCAUUAGUGAAUCUGGAAGUUUUACAGAUUCAUUUUGGAGAAGCUUGGUGAUGUAAGUGUUAGCCCCUCAUGCCUAAUCGUUCAUGUUAUAUGGAUUGGAUAUUUUUGUUAUUUUUCCAUUUUUGGAAUUUCUGCCCUAGGAAAUAAUUGAAAUUCAUACCAAUGCUU